AUGAAGCCGGUCGUGGGGAUCGUGGUGUCGAACAAGAUGCAGAAGUCGGUGGUGGUUGCGGUGGACCGCCUCUUCCACCACAAGAUGUACAACCGCUACGUCAAGCGCACCUCCAAGUUCAUGGCGCACGACGAGGACGACUCCUGCAACAUUGGCGACCGGGUGGGCUACAUGGUGGUUUGA